GUAAACAGUAAACACAUGUUCCCGUCGCCGCUCUCGGGACACGUUCGGGGAGGAAGCCAAUAAAACAUCAACAUUCUGAACGAAAGAAGAAACAAGGACGUUUGUAGAUAUGUGCAUUCGAAAAAUUCAUAGUUGAAUAUUGUUGCAACCAAGAUUAAUAUACAAUGGGUCUGACAACACAGUAUCUUCGUUAUGUUCCUGGGUCUGCAUUUGGCCUGGUUGGAACAGAACGCUGUGUGCGCUUUGUCACCAAGUACAGUCAGACAGGCAGAUAUGUUGCUGCACCUGCUUGUGAAUACGUGCUUAUUUGGGAUUGUAAAAGAUCAUCCAAGGUCCUGACGCUGAGUGCAGAUAUUGAAGGGCAAGUUACGUCACUGGAGGCACGCCCCCCAGCAACUGGCUCUCUUGACAACACGCAUCUUGCAGUUGGAUACUCAGAUGGAUCUGUUGUCUUAUUUGAUAUCAGGACCGGAACAUCUCUCAAGUUUGCUGGCCACAGAGGAGCUGUUACAACACUAGCCUGGGAUGAUCAAGGCAUGCGAGUUGCAUCAGGAAGCCAAGAUGGAGAGAUUGUUGUCUGGGAUGUUGUAUCAGAGAGGGGAAUCGUACGACUGAAAGGGCACCAGGGCAGGAUCACUCGGCUACGGUUCCUCAAGGACCGCAGCAUAGUUGUGUCUUCCUGCAGGGAUUCCUUCAUCAAAUUCUGGGACCUAGACACCAACCAUUGUUUUAGGACACUGACUGGACACCGUGCAGAGGUUUGGGAUUUUGUGUUACUAAAAGAUGAUACAAGAUUGAUAUCUGGAAGUAGCGAUGCAGAGCUCCGAGUCUGGUCUCUGAGGUUUAAGGAAUCUGAAGAAAUGGCAGAUGAUGACAGCAAAGGGAAAACUCUUGAGCCUCCUUCAAAAAUGUUCCGUAUUGACACAGAGGGGGAAACUCAAGGACAGGAGGAUGACACUGAAGAAGAUGAUGCUAGUAAUUUAGAGAUCACAAGACUAGGCAGCAUACUGCGGUCCAGAGGAGACCGUGUGUGUGGACUGCAGACUGAUGGCCGUAUUGUGGCUUGCUAUGGCAAAUCUGCGGUUGUGGACCUAUUCCAUGUUCUGUCAGAGGAGGAGGUCAGUGCCAAGGUGGCAAGCAGGCUCAAGAAGGCUAGGAAGAGAGCAAGAGAAGCUGGAACUGCCAUGACAGAAAAUGAAGCACCGCAGCUAGGGGAUGAGAUCGGGAAGUUGCCUGCCGUGAAAGCACAGAACAAAUUGUAUGGUGUUGACGUUUCCUCAGACAGAUACGGAGGUGUGAAGGUUCUGGCCCUUCACCUCGAUAACAGUUUGGCAAUAUUUGGCACUUCAGUUGAUGCUAAGGCAGAUAAGAAUAAGGCAGAUGAGAAGAAAGACCAGGAAGUGAUUAGUCAGCUGCAUCUUCCAGGCCACAGAAGCGAAAUACGUGCUGUGGCCUUCAAUUCAAUCAGCGAUCAGAUUGUCACAGCCAGCGGUGAAUCUUUAAAAGUGUGGCAUAGGUCUGAGAAGCAGGCUAUAGCCACAAUACCAUGUGACUAUGCGCUCUCAGUGAUUGUUGUCCCUGGUGACCGCCAUGCUCUCAUUGGAACACGAUCCGGUCGCCUGCAGCUGUUUGAUCUGGGGUCAGCUAAAAUUCUUGAAGAUAUUGUUGCUCAUGAGCCAGCAGAGAAUGAGACCGACACAGGAGUUUGGGCUCUGGCCCUUACUCAUGAUGGGAGAGGAUUUUUAUCCGGUGGCAGUGACAAAAUGGUCAAAUUCUGGAAAUUUGAAUUAGUGAAAGAUGAAAGUGAAUCACAAGCAAGGAGGCUGAGCUUCAUUCAAGACAAACGGGCUCUCAAAGUUGCAGAUCAAGUUACUUCAGUGCGGUGUGCCAGUGAUGGUUUUUACAUUGCAGUUGCAACACUUGACAACAAAGAAACACUUUAUUAUAGUGAUACUUUGAAGUUGUACCAUGAACUGUAUGGCAAGUCCCUCCCUUCAACUUGCAUGGACUUUUCCACAGAUGCAACGUUGAUAGUAACAGGCAGUAAAGAUUCAAGCGUUCGUAUUUAUGGAACAGAUUUUGGAGACAUGAGGAAACUACUGAAGAAUGCCCACCAGGGAGGUGUGACGGACCUCCAGUUCAUAUCAAACACACACAUGUUCUUCUCAUGUGGCCACGAUGGCACACUAAAGCAGUGGGACGCGGAUAAUUUUCAGAGGAUCAUCACACUGCAAGGACAUGUUGGGAUCAUUCGCUGCCUGGCAGUGUGCCCUAAGGGGGCCUGGGUGGCCACCUGUGGCCAGGACCGCUCCAUUCGCCUGUGGCAGCGCACGCAGGAACCAUUAGUACUUGAAGAUGAGCGUGAAGAAGAACGCCUGAAGGAGGAGGAAGAGAGUGGGAUGUUGGCAUCCCAGAGACCUGCUGUUCCUGGAGAAGAUGGAGCCCAAGCAGUCCGUCCUUCUACCACCACACAGGAGACCGAGAGAGCAGUUGAUUCCAUUAGAGAAGCAUUGGAGAUCUAUAGAGAGCAGGUGGAAGCAGGUCCCUCUGCCACGCCCCACCAACUCAUGGCAUACGUUUACAAUACUGCUGACCCUCUUAGAUUUGUCUUGGAAGUCCUCAGAAAAAUUAAAUCAAGCGAGCUGGAAGAGGCUGUUAUCAUGCUACCAUUAGACAACAUUCUGGAGUUGAUGGUGGUUAUCAAGGGCCUUUUGGAGAACAACUGGGAUAUUGAAUUAGCCAGCAGGAUCCUGGUGUUGGCUGUGAGGAUCAACCUACCUCAGCUCCUCUCCUCACCUAAGGCAGCUCCAAUGGUGAGGUCUUUAGCUCAGCUUCUACCCCAGAGGAUCAAGGAAUUUAAGGAUAUGAUUGGCUUUAAUGCUGCCGGGUUACGUCACAUGAAAGAUCGCAUUGAGGAACGCUCCGAGACACAAAUGUUUGCAGAGGCAUUAGAAAAUGUACAGACAUCCAGGAAGAAGAGAAAGAAGAAGGAUCGGGCAGUCAAAAGGGCUCUUCUUACUAUUUAAAUGUAUGCAAAUUUUCCAAUGCAAGAAUGAGUUGUUAGAACAUUGAGUAAAAAGGUUAAUAAAUACAUAAAAUGAAAAGUUGCGUUUUGUGUAAAUACCACAAAAUAGUAUACAUUUUGUGUUAUUCUGUUAUGAUCAAAUUCUGAAAGAGGUUAUCAUUUGAGUACAAUUUUCAGGUGUAUGCCCAACUUUGUCAACUUCAUAAAUGGAUUUAUAUAAUGGUUAAGAUAAAUAAAUGUGAUAGACAUCAAAGAUCAUACAGCACUGUCUGUUUAAUCAAUACUUUGUUUAAUCAUUGUGUCUGUAUUAAAGUAUGUUAGAUGUCGAAAGUUGUACAGUGCUACAGGUUAGUAUAGUAAUGAAAGUAAAAUAAAAGUGGGGGGCAAAUGGUAAGGCAGGGAUUCAUAAAGGGGGGGGGGGGGGUAUGUGUGAUUAGAUUGAUUGGAGGCCAGGCUGAUGAGAAUGUCAUAAGAAUUUCUGCUGAAGGCUGAGGUGACAAGAAUGACUUACCACAAAUGGAAUGUUAAAAGACUCGGUGGGCAUCUUGGAAGGGGCUCUAGGUUUAUUUCGAUCUGUGAAUGAGUGUGGAAUGUACCAUCCAUAAGCCAUGGCUUGAAGAGCGUUGGCAUUUGGGAGGACAUUGUUUCCAUGCUCAGGAUCUUAUUCCUGCCUACCAUGACAAGAAAAUUCAUUAUAAAAAUAUGAAAAAAAUGUACACAAAUAUUGUUAUUGGUCUUGCACAGACUUAGACUACUUACAGAGAUGAUAUGGAGUCUGUGCAAGGAAGUGUAUAAUACCUGCUUGACACAGCAUAUCAAAUGACAAAAACAGACCUUGGGUAAAGAAAGAAAGAGUGAAAAAAAAAAAUCACAAACCCAGGAGUCACCACCACUCAAGCAAGCCUAAUACCCAGAUUUUGAGCUACAUGAAAGCAGUGUGCCAGCUGGAUGCAGGGGUUAAAAGGAUUGUAAAGUUAGAAGUUGUAGAAGGAUGAGAACAUGAGGAAGGGGGGUGGGGGGUGAGAGGAGGAGAACAGAAAGGAUGAAGAGUGGUAAUAGGGGAAGAGGGUGCACAAAAUGAAGAAAAAGUGUAGGUGGAGGAGAUGGAUUGGUGGAUAAUGUAAGAGAAGGGACAUAUUCUGAAGGUCGAGUAAAGACUUGGAUGAUUUGGAAUGGAUCAAGUUGACUAUAAGCAUCGAGAAGUUGGAGCCAUGAUAAAAUAUUGUGGCAAAAAAGGCAAAAAUGAGUAAACAAUUAGGAUAAGUGGACAGAACAAAGGGAUGAAGAAAAAGAAAAGGAGAGAAGAAAAUACCAUGCAAAUGAGCUGAGGCAAGGGCUAAGGACAAGAUAGGGGAGAUCCCCCUACCUUGGGCCUCAGGCUCCAUCUCCUAAGCCUCCCCCCCCACAACAACAAUAGGCAAGGGAAUGGGGGGGGGGGGGCUGAAAAGCUCUAAAAUCUAAGAAUCUGGCAAAAAAAAAAGUCUUAUGCCUUGUCUCCUGAUAGAGAUAACAGUUGUACCUAAUAUAUUUAUUGGAUACUGAGGCUUCCUGUAUAACCAAAUUUAGAAUUUUGUUUUCUUCAGCUGAAUAUUCAGUACUUUACAAUUGAUAGUUUUAUAGAUCUGAAAAAAGGCUAUUCAAAUAUAUCACUCCAAUAUGCAUUCUGUUUAACUUGUGUAACUCAAUUUCCUUUGUUCUAUAUAUAUAAAAGAAAAAAACAUAUUUAUAAAACAAAGCUUGACUUGCAACAUACAGUUGUGCACCACUUAAACAUUUUCUGGCUCCUAAAAUGUCUGCAGCAUAACUUGUAUGCCAAAGUGAACAGAAAUAAAUCUAAAUUUACUUCUGUUUCAUAUAACAAAAGAGAAUAGUUCUAUGGAGUAGCUUCCAAACUGCAAUUCUAAAUAAGGAAAUGCUAAGACUUGGGUGAUCACAUACUUCAUGUGUAGCAGCAGCAGCAGCAAAAACAACAAAUGAUGAUAAUAAAACUAAAAAUAAUAAUUGAUAAUAAUAUUAGUAAUUAAUUAUAAAUUAUUAUUAUAAAACACUGACUGAAAUUAAGUGAAAAACAAAUAUUUUAAUUUCAUUUUUCAGUAUUGAGAAGUUAAGAGCCUUUUCUUCAUCUUCCUUAAUCUUAUGAAAUACAGACGCUGCAAAUCUUAAACAAUUAACUUGUAGAAGGUAAAUAAAAGGCAAAGUUCAAUUUGUCUGAAUUCACUUAGUGCAUAACUGUAGAACAUAAUAAAUAGAAAUUGUUAGCAGAUCACAUAGAUAAUAUUCAACUUAUAAUUAUUAUUUAGGUGGGGAGGGAUGAGAAAUAGACAAAAAGCUUCAUAUUAAUUUUUUCUAAGUUAUACUAUAUCUAUGUGUCCUGUUAACUAAGUUUGGACUUGUAAUAUUCAACUCAUUACAUUAUUCUUUUUCUUUUUUUUUUUAACUUUAACAUGAACUGGAGAUUGUACACAUAGGGCUUGAUGCAAAUACCACAUUGUGUAAGUUACAGCCAUAGUCACAUGUAGGGACUGAGUGCUGCAAUUUAUUCAAGAAAAAUACAUGCAUACAGUGCACAAAAUACAUGCUAAUACAUAUUCUUGAGUAUUUUGCAGAAGUCAGUCCCUGAACAAGUAAUUCACGGUGGAAACAACACUGAUGUAGUAGAAGACCUGUCUUUGUCAUGAAAAAAAUAUUAAUAAAUAAAAAAUAUAUAAAAAAAAGGUUGUAUGUGCCCUUAUGAAAUCCAGAUUCUGAUGGUUACUAACAGUAAGUUGUAUCUUCUCAAAUAGCACUUGCAAUACAUUAUAAAGAGAUUUUCACAAAAAUGGCAAUUCUCUUAUAUCAGGGACAUACUGAACUCAUUAAAAAUUACAACAUGCUUGAAUGAGCUCCAUGCAUUCCAUGAUACUGAGAAAUUUUUCUUACACAAUAAUGACAAUAGACAAGAACUAUUUGAGCUGCACAAUCUCUUAAAAACUGGAUUGAAAAGACCAGUUACUCAAAACAUGUGUAACACCCAAACAGAGGUGACACUAUCCUUGGGAGUUCUGUCUUUAGAACUUACCAGUUGUUUGGAGUGAUACAGUUUCUGAAAAUACCAACAGCACCAUGUGGUCGCCAUCAGAUCACCUACAGUCAAUCCAUCCCAAGACAUUUUAAGCACUCACUCAUUCCUUUUCAAGAACUUGUCCUUACUUGUAAAUUAUGAUGCAAAGAAUAAUCCUUGACGUCCAGCAUACCAAGAACCUUCAUUCCUCAUGAAGCAUUUCUAAACUGCAUAGCUCAUUGAAUCCACAUGAUGAGCUAUCAUUUGGCAUUUCUACAUCCACUGUACAAGGUGACACCCUUUCAAACUUCAAAAUUCAUCAAACCAACUUUUCCUUGACCAAGUACAAAAUACUACACUACAUUAAACCAAUCUUGCCAGCAUAUUAAUAUGACAGAUGGAAUUAGCUUUUCUUUUGGUCACACAAAACUGGAACACAAUUCUCUCAAACACAACUCAUUCCUUCUACUUGUUAAACUGGUAUCUCUGCUCAGAAAGCAAUGCAACGACCCAACUUGGUAGAGACCACAUAGGCUGCUGGUGAACAAAAACCAACAGCACACAGACAGAUGACAUGUACACAGCUCCAAAUUUGCUUGUUCUAACUGAAUACAAGAGAGCGGUGAUUCCUGUGUUCAGUUACUGCAAAUUUGGAUUGGAAUUAUUAUUAUUAACUUAUUUUUUUUCAAGAUAAGACUGUGACUUUGUUCAUCUUCCUGAGUGCUAUCUCAUGCGUACAAUGGGCUUCUGUCCCUAGCCCACACCACGUUAACAUCAGCUUCGGAGUAACAAAAAAGUUCAACCUCACUGACUAUCAUUGUGUGGGCUUUAGCCAUCCUUGGGUUCUUUU